AUGUUCGACUAAGCAUAGUUAACAGAAUUGUCAAAGAGAGAUAAAGAUAAAAAGUUGAACUCCUAAUUACCUCUCUAUAUUGGGAAUUCUCAGGGUGUUUGUAGAAGAGAUAUCCUCGUUUAGUGGGUUAUUUAGUAAUCUUAAAAAUUUGAGCACAGCCUCAAAACCUUGGAAUUAGCAGUGAUAUACAUAGAUACUUAUCUGAAUAUUUUUAAUAUUGAACCUGAAUUUUUAGAGCUCUUGGGCAUUUCAGCAUAUUCAAUGGCUUCUAAAUUUAAUGAAACAGAAGCAAUAGGCCAAAUUAAGUUAAAGGAUGAUUUUGGCAAAGUGUUAUACGAAGAUCAAGUAUACAACGAAAUGGAAGUUCAAUUGUUGUAAUCCUUAGAUUUCCAAUUAAAUCACGUAACUCCAUCCGAUUAUCUGAUUGAAAUGGGUAUUUCAAUAAACGAAAGCAUUUCCAGUCUCAUUAUGUUUGUUUUAAUGGAUUUCGAAAUUUAUAAACAUUCUUAGAUUGUUCUAGCAUUUGCUAUUUUCAACUUUUAAUAAGAACAGUCUCACAUGUUUACAGAUAGAGUUAAAUCAGUGACUAAAUUGAUAAACAAUAAGUUAAAUAAAGCAAAAGAGCAAUUUAAUUUGGAUAAAACUGAAAAUGAUGAAACAAGAGGGCUUGAAUCAAAUUUAGGCACUUAAAAAAAAAUAUACAAAAAAAGAUAGUCAAAAAAGUUAAAACAAUUAGCAUGA